ACGGGACGGAAAGUACGCCGCACAUCCAAGGCCUAUCCAGACUACAGGGCCUUUGAGACGGCGCUCCACAACGCGGUCUUCUCCACUGCCAUACCGCCCACGGAGCACACAGACACCGACCCGAUAAACAUGGGACGAAAAUCCCAGCGGAUAGCUACAGGUGCGUGCAAAGAUACCCAAGACAUUAGCACCAUGCUCCAGCGCACAGCG